GGCGGUGCCCCCCGGCCAGGCCCCGCCCCCGGCGCGGCUACACAAGCUGCGCCCACCUGCCCAGCCCGCCUUCUGCAGCGCGGCUGCCCCGGCACUCGUUUCGGCGCGGACCAGUGAGGCGGCGGCCGCUCCAGCAGCCUCCCCGAGCCGCGGCCCCCGACACUCUCCAGCCGCUCGCCCAUCCCCGGCCCCUCGUCGCGGCCCUCGCGCUGCCCCAGUAAGUUGCCGAGGGUCGGGUGGCGCGGAGGGGCCGCAGGCGAGGGGCGGCCUGGGCGCCGAGCCUGAGGGGAAGGGCUGGGGCGGAGGUGCCCGGGGCCGCGUCCAGCUGCGCGCAGCUGCCCGGAGGCCACGCUCCGGCCCCUCGGAGACGGAGAGUCCCGGGGCCGCGCUCCGGGCUUCGCCUCGCCCCGUGCGGCCCCCAGGGCGUCGGGAUCCGCGGCCGCCGUGCGGGUCGCGGGGGCCGGUAGGCGGUCUGGCACGGCGACGCCGCGGUUCUCUUUGGCCGCCCUGGUCCCGAGGGGCCCUGGGCACCCUCGUGCGGGAGGACCGGCCGGGCCUCCCCCCACCGCCCUGCGCACUGGCGGGUCCCCGAAGUCGCCUGCCGCUCGCUUGAGGCUCUUGGGUUACGUAUAGGACACCGCUCGGAGCUCUGGAAGUCUUUUCACACCCUGACCUGCCCGGGACUGGUAGGACAGGUUGCCAUCUUCAGAAUGAUUCCCUGCAGAGCAGUGCUGUCUUUUGCGCGAUGUCUGAUCCGGAGAAAAAUCGUCACUCUGGACAGUCUAGAAGAUACCAAACUGUGCCGUUGCUUAUCCACCAUGGACCUCAUUGCCCUGGGCGUUGGAAGCACUCUGGGUGCCGGGGUUUAUGUCCUCGCUGGCGAGGUUGCCAAAGCGGAUUCUGGCCCUAGCAUCGUGGUCUCCUUCCUCAUCGCUGCGCUGGCUUCCGUGAUGGCAGGCCUUUGCUAUGCUGAAUUUGGGGCCCGAGUUCCCAAGACUGGGUCUGCCUAUUUGUACACUUACGUUACUGUCGGAGAACUGUGGGCCUUCAUCACUGGCUGGAAUCUCAUUUUAUCUUAUGUGAUAGGAACAUCAAGUGUUGCAAGGGCUUGGAGUGGCACCUUUGAUGAACUUCUUAGCAAACAGAUUGGUCAGUUUUUCAGGACAUACUUCAAAAUGAAUUAUACUGGCCUUGCAGAGUAUCCUGACUUUUUUGCUGUGUGUCUUAUAUUACUUCUAGCAGGUCUUUUAUCUUUUGGAGUCAAAGAGUCUGCUUGGGUGAAUAAAGUCUUCACAGCCAUUAAUAUCCUGGUCCUUCUCUUUGUUAUGGUCGCUGGGUUUGUGAAAGGAAACGUGGCAAACUGGAAGAUCAGUGAAGAGUUUCUCAAAAAUAUAUCUGCAAGUGCCAGGGAGCCACCUUCUGAAAAUGGAACAAGUAUCUAUGGGGCUGGUGGCUUUAUGCCUUAUGGCUUUGCAGGAACUUUGGCUGGGGCUGCAACCUGCUUUUAUGCCUUUGUGGGAUUUGACUGCAUUGCAACAACUGGUGAGGAAGUCCGGAAUCCUCAGAAAGCUAUUCCUAUUGGAAUUGUGACUUCUCUGCUCGUUUGCUUUAUGGCCUACUUUGGGGUCUCAGCAGCUUUAACACUGAUGAUGCCAUACUACCUCCUCGAUGAGAAAAGCCCCCUUCCUGUAGCGUUUGAGUAUGUUGGAUGGGGUCCAGCCAAAUAUGUCGUUGCCGCAGGCUCCCUCUGUGCUUUGUCAACAAGUCUUCUUGGAUCCAUUUUCCCAAUGCCUCGUGUAAUCUAUGCUAUGGCGGAGGAUGGGUUGCUUUUCAAAUGUCUAGCUCAAAUCAAUUCCAAAACGAAGACACCAAUAAUUGCUACUUUAUCAUCGGGUGCGGUAGCAGCUGUGAUGGCAUUUCUCUUUGACCUGAAGGCCCUCGUGGACAUGAUGUCCAUCGGCACCCUUCUGGCCUACUCUCUGGUCGCAGCCUGUGUUCUCAUCCUCAGGUACCAGCCUGGCUUGUCUUACGAGCACCCCAAAUACUGUCCUGAGAAAGAAGCUCUGGGAUCGUGUGCCAACACUGCGUCCAAAAGCGAGUCCCAGGUCACUGUGCUGCCAGGACAGGGCUUCAGCCUGCGACCCCUCUUCAGCCCCUCGCUUCUGCCCACAAAACAGUCGGCUUCUCUCGUGAGCUUUCUGGUAGGAUUCCUUGCAUUUCUCAUUUUGGGCCUGAGUAUUUUGACCACGCACGGAGUGCACACUAUUGCCAGGCUGGAAGCGUGGAGCCUCGCUCUUCUCGUGCUGUUGCUUGUUCUCUGCGUUGCCAUUGUGCUCGUCAUUUGGAGGCAGCCUCAGAAUCAGCAAAAAGUAGCCUUUAUGGUUCCAUUCUUACCGUUUUUGCCAGCCUUCAGCAUCCUGGUGAACAUUUACUUGAUGGUCCAGUUGAGUGCAGACACCUGGAUCAGAUUUAGCAUUUGGAUGGCGCUUGGUUUCCUGAUUUACUUCACUUAUGGCAUUAGACACAGCCUGGAGGGUAAUUCAAGGGAUGAAGAAGAUGAUGAAGAUAUUUAUUCAGACAACACGAAUGCAGCGACAGAAGAAAAAUCUGCCAUUCAAGCAAAUGACCAUCACCAAAGAAACCUGAGUUUACCUUUCAUAUUCCAUGAAAAGACAAGUGAAUGCUAGUACCCAGGAACAGAGCUGGUCCACAGUCUUCACGUACAUACCCUACAUGGAGUGAACCAUGACGGAUGUCAUCGUCAUGCUAGGUUGUCAUCGGUUUGCUGCAGACCACAGUUCACCCUAAUUUAUACUUACUCGCCUGGACAGCACCUCCUCAGAUGGUGAAUUAUGCACCCAGGGAAAACACCCUGAGCUCUCUCCUCAGUGCUGACUAUCCCCCGAAUAGUGGGAUUGUGGGAGUGUGUGUGUGUAUGUUUGUAUAUGUUGGGGAAUAUCUAUGUUAAAAGUUGUUGGUGUUUUGCUAUUAUCGUAUUGCAUUUUUCCAGUGUUGUCGUUAAUCGGUAGCAUAUACUGCACAUACUGAAAUGGAGAUGAUCACGGAAUAGAAAAAUAUUUUGUAUGUGCUGGGUGUGGUUGGGGAAAUAGCUGUUGCUUUUCCUUAUUAGGCUUUAUUAAUGUCAAGUUAGAACAUGCUAAAAAUGCAUUUACCCAUCACAGUGUCUGUCAUUGGUCUGGAGUAAGAGGAGGGGAUAGGAAAUGAGCCUUUUCUACAACUUAUAAAUGCCAGCAGUGGAUUUAGUACAGAUUUUUCUUCUGCGAGGUGUGACAGUUUGCUAAAACCUUCACCAAUAGGAGUGUUCGUGUCUGCCGUACUGCGCAGGGCAGGAGUGGCCCUCUGUGUCAUCAGAUGUCAGGCACCCCUUUGAACUGCUGUCUUCUUUGAGAACAGUGGUCCUUAAGUGUGAGGCCUUCACCUUCUGUGAGUGAUAUAUUCCCCCCUGCCCUGUCCCAGUCCAGCCAGAGGCUUGGGAGAGGUAGUGUGAUCUACUUGGGGCCCUUUGUGCUAGAGAGUGAGCGUGGUCCCCAUGGGCAGGAAGCUCAUGUAACUGGCAAAGAUGAGGAUAUGUUUGGAGAACAGAGUAGACAUGUGCUUGGACAAGUAGACCCCAAGCACCCCUGUUUUAAAAGUCAGUUAAAAUAAGCCAGUGGAAUCUCCCAGGUCACACAAUUGGUGGAAUGAUUCAUACUUUUUUCCAUUAUUUAAUAAAUAAUCACAGUUCAACUUUUUUUUUCUAACUCAGUAGCAAAUUCUCUUUCUACUAUAUGCAAAAAAAAGGAAAAAAUGAAGGGAUACAAGAAAAGAAAAUUCCCCUAUUCUGAUUUUAAAGUGCCUAUUCAGUUAUUAAAGGGCAUUUGACCCAAUUUUAGGGGUUCAGAUCUAAUUUGCCUGUGAUGUUUCUUUUAGAAACAGGGGUGUUUUUCUUCCCCCAUCCCAUAAAUUGUUCAGCACUUUUUAUUUCAUUUAUUUUUAAAUGACCACACGAAACCUAGUGAUACAAGCUCUAGUAUUCUACAAAAACCCAUCAGUGAUUGGGGAAUAGAAUAUUUUGGUAAAAUACACAAUCGUUUAAAAUGUCAAGCUGAAAAAUUAACCAAAUUGAAUUAAAGCCAUAGAAACACAAUAACCUUUGUAUGAGUAAAUAAUUUGUUUUUAAAUGUAAGAUUCUCUAAUUACUGUAUUUUACUUUAUAGGGUUCUCUAAUAGUGGACUACUUAUCUGCAGUGUGUUUGGCUUCUCAUGAAUUAUUUUUCUUACAAAUAAUUAUAUGGUUCACUAGAUGAGCCUGAGUCUAAACACUUACAUAUGUAUGGGUUAUAUUUCCAGGAAGAAUAUUAUCAAGCCCAGGUGACCAGCUUACUCCAAAGGCAAGGAAAACAUUUAUUUUCUGACAGCUUUUCCAAGAGAUGUCACUUUAUUUUUUUCAUUAAAAAGCAAGUUAUGAUUGUUGAGUUUAUUGUGAUUAAAUAUCCAAUAAACAGGUAGAAGGCCUGGGUUUCUGGCUGCUAGUGUUGUAGCAUCUCUGACAUAGAACUCAGUAUUAACAUUCCACAAUUUCCAGGGUGCACACGGUAAAACCUGAAGCCCAGAAUUCUUUUAAGCUGCAUGUUUUACUGGAGAGGAAGAGUUGGCUACGCAAGGGGUAAAGUAUUUCUGUAAGCACUGUGGGCCUACUCAUAAGUCCUUGCUGUUAUUGCAGUAUACUGAGAAGCCCUUUUUUUUCUGAAAUCAUUCAAAACAGGCCCUUCACACAGGGAACAUGAAGAAUUUCAUAUGUGAAUAUUAAAACUUUUACUGUAACAAUAUCAAGAAAUUUGUUUAGAACAUGACAGGCAGCUAAAACUAUUAUGCCCACUGUGUUCAAUUAGGAGCAGAAUUUAGUUAAAAAUUAUUUUUCUACCUUUAAACACUUUACAAAUACAAAUGUCUAUGAAAAGAUGCUUUGUCAGUGACUAUGCUUUUUUUCUGUGAAAACUCAAAUGUAUGUUUGUAUGUAUGUGUGAGUGUGUACAUAUACCCGUAUAUAUAUGUGUGUGUACAUUUCAAACGUCAGUGUAGAAGUCAGCUGGGUUUAGGAUGGGGUUUGGAAAUAAUACUGUUGUGUAGAUUUUAAAAACCCAACUGAUGGAGAAAAAAUAAUGUUUUAUAUGCUUAUGCAAAAUUUUUAGGUUUUAAACUAUUUUGAAAUAUAUAGCGAUUUUAUAUGUGUAAUAUUUUCUAUAGAUAGAUUCUUUAAGAAAGAUAUAUUUAUAAUGUUUCUAAUAUGAAAUCACUGAAGUCUGGUACCCAGGAGCUUUAUAAUCUGAAAUGGAGUUGGGGCGGGGGCAUUAGGGGAUUUCUGUUUAUUGUUUCUGCUGCACCUUUUCUGACAUUUCUGUCUUGGUUUCUGCUUAUUAGGAAAAGCCAGUACUACCGGGUCUUUUAUCACCUCUCUGUUCCUACAUUUGAAUUUAUAACCUUUUGAACAAAAUGUUGUUUUUACUUUCCUAGGAUUGCCAAAAUGUUCUGUACAGCUUUUACUAGUAAUCAGUCACACUUAUAUAAAGUCCUUUCCAGAAAUUAAA